AUGGUCAAAAAGGCAAAUGGUAAGUGGAGAAUGUGUGUAGACUUUACCGAUUUGAAUAAGGCUUGCCCUAAGGAUAGCUACCCAUUGCCUCGCAUUGACCAGUUGGUAGAUUCCACUGCAGGACACAAGCUGCUUAGCUUUAUGGAUGCUUUCUCUGGAUACAAUCAGAUAAGGAUGAACGACACAGAUCAAGAGAAGACAUCCUUUGUCACAAGCCAAGGCUUAUUCUGCUAUAAGGUGAUGCCCUUCGGUUUAAAGAACACUGGGGCAACUUAUCAGAGAGGGAUUGAAGCAAAUCUAGACAAGAUCCAAGCAAUACUGAACAUGGAACCUCCACAGAAUGUCAAAGAAGUCCAGUCUCUUAUCAGACGAGUUGCUGCCCUCAACAGAUAUCAACCAAGGCAUGCAAUAAAAGCUCAAGCCCUUGCAGAUUUCAUUGCAGAGUUCACUCUGAGUUAUGAAGACUUAAGCGAAGUGGAGAAUAGAAAGAAAUGGAUCAUCCAUGUGGAUGGAUCAUCUACACAACAUGCAGGAGGAAUAGGAGUUGUUUCAUUAUCCUCGGAAGGAGAUAAAUUGAUGCACAAGAUUCGUCUGCAGUAUCAAACAACCAACAAUGAAGCUGAGUAUGAAGCCCUUAUUAAAGGGUUGGAAUUGGCCAAAUCUGUAGAAGCAGAAUCAAUACUCGUCUUGGGAGACUCUCAAUUAGUCAUAGGCCAAGUAAAUGAGACAUGUGAAGCCAAAGAAGAACGAAUGAAGAAGUACCUUAAUAAGGUGGUAUGCCUUGUAAAGAAGUUUAAGGAAGUUGAUUUCUUUCAGAUCCCUAGAGAAGAAAACAUGGAAGCAGAUGCUUUAGCAAAAGAAGCCUUCGCAAGUGAAGUAGUGGACGAGUUUAAUGAAAUUCAAUACCUGCUCGGCAUAGACUUUCCAGAGGUGCAUCAAACAGAGGGAGAAGAAAAUUGGAUGACUCCAAUAAUAUCAUACUUGAAAGACGGAACGCUUCCAGAAGGAAAAGACGAGGCUAGGAAGCUCAGAGUCAGAUCAGUGAGAUACGUCCUCAUGAACGAGGCGCUGUACAAAAGGGGUUUUUCACAACCUUAUCUAAGGUGUUUAGCUCCAGACAAGGCCAACUAUGUAUUGAGGGAGGUUCAUGAGGGAGCAUGUGGCAACCAUUUAGGAGCCAGGUCAUUUGUCCACAAAGUCGUCCGUGCAGGCUACUAUUGGCCAAACAUGCAAGCUUAUGUCAAGGUCUGUGAUCAAUGCCAACGAUUUAGUAAUGUCUCCAGACAACCAUCAGAAUAUCUCACCCCGAUUAUGACCCCAUGGCCUUUUACACAAUGGGGGCUAAAUAUCUUGGGUCCCUUCCCACUUGGGAUGAGGCAGAUGAAAUUUUUGGUGGUGAGUAUUGAUUAUUUCACCAAAUGGGUAGAGGCAGAACCCUUAGCAAGUAUCACGCAACAAAAUGUCAAGAGUUUUGUUUGGAAGAACAUUGUAUGCAGGUUUGGGGUGCCCAGAGUCCUAGUGUCUGACAAUGGACGAAAAUUUGACAAUGCACUUUUCAGGGACUUUUGUGAACAUUUCGGAAUUCAAAAUCAUUAUUCCUCACCCGCCCAUCCUCAAGCAAACGGUCAGGCUGAAGUUGCAAACCGAUCAUUGUUGAAAAUCAUCAAGACUCGGCUUGAGAGGGCAAAGGGAGUAUAG